AUGGGGCCUUGGAGUCGAGUCCGGGUCGCCAAAUGCCAGAUGCUGGUCACCAGCUUCUUUGUCUUGCUGCUGGGCCUUGCUAUGGCCACCAUGGCGGCUCUCACCCACUUCGGGGCCCACCUUGCUGUCAUCAGCCACGCACCCUUGGAGAGGAGCCCUUACGAGGCCACACACCACUGGGCCAUCUACACGGGGGUCAGCCUGGCAGUGCUCCUGACCCUGGGGGCUGCCCUGAGCGCCGGAGCCACCAUGAGGGAGGCCCAGGGCCUCAUGGCUGGGGGCUUCCUGUGCUUUGCCCUGGUGUUCUGUGUCCUGGUGCAGGUGGCCUUCCGGAGAUUCUACAACCCCACACAGGUGGAGGACGCCGUGCUGGACACCUACGAUCUGGUGUAUGACCAGGCUGUGAAGAGCUCAUCCAGCGUCUGGCGGCAGGAGCUGGAGGCUAUCCAGGACACGUUUCUGUGCUGUGGGAAGAGGUCUCCUUUCAGCCUUCUGGGCAGCGCAGAAGCUGACCUGUGUCACGGAGAGGAGGCUGCCAGAGAGGACUGCCUGCAGGGCAUCCGGAGCUUCCUGAGCACACACCAGAACAUCGCCUCCACCCUGACCAGUGCCGGCCUGGUCCUCACGGUGUACGCGAUGCUCCUCAGCUCCUUUCUCUGGUGUGCCAUCCGCUCCGGCCGCAGCUUGGACCACAAAGGCCGAUACACCCUGACUCCACGGGUGCAUGGCUGCCAGCCCCAGGAGCCCAGCCUCUUCAGACGUCUCCCGGGUGGACUCACACUUCGACAUCCCUCUGAAGCAGACACUCCUGGUGACCGUCUGGGUCCAAGAGGAUGCUCAGAUGGCCCCCGGCGGCUCCAGGACAACUGA